AUGCCGUCAAGAGUGGAUAGGGGAAAUAAGACGGUGCCAGGGUCAUCCUCGGUGGCUAGGAGAACGAGUGGUGGAAAUGCCAGUUCAAAGGGUGGCGCCUCGUCGCGCGCAGGCAAAGGAGGAGUAACCAAAUCGAGAGCUAGAGAAUCCGCACAAACUUCCGAUAUACAACCUGGAGAUCCCCUACCUGCGAAGCGAAAACAUCGUUAUCAUCCUGGAACAGUUGCGCUAAAGGAAAUUCGCCGAUAUCAGAAAUCAUGGGAUCUUCUUCUUCUAAAACUCCCAUUUGCCCGUCUAGUCCGUGAAAUUGCCAUGGACCUCCUACCGUCAGAAGUUGGAGAGGAACUAAGAUGGCAGUCACAAGCGAUACAAGCUCUACAAGAAGCUGCAGAAGCCUUUUUAAUCCACUUAUUCGAAGAUACAAACCUCUGCGCCAUACAUGCUAAAAGAGUCACUAUAAUGCAGAAAGAUAUACAACUAGCAAGAAGGAUAAGAGGAGCGUGGGGCGGACUUGGCUGA